AUGCAUCUCCAACAACCACGACAGGCGCACCGACACCACGACCGCAACUCCAACUACCACGACAGCCGCACCGACAACAACGACCGUAGCUCCUACAACCACGACAGCCGCACCUACAACCACGACCGGAACUCCAACUACCACGACAGCCGCACCAACAACAACGACUGCAGAACCAACAACCACUACUGCACACCACUGCCCCACCUACACCACCACCACGGCUCCUCCGACAACAACCACCACUGCCCCACCUACAACCACCACGGCUCCUCCGACAACAACCACCACUGCCCCCACCUACCACCACCCACGGCUCCUCCGACCACAACCACCCCUGUCCCACCGACCACAACCACCACUGCCCCACCUACCACCACCACAGCUCCUCCGACAACAACCACCACUGCCCCACCUACCACCACCACUGUCCCACCGACCACCACCACCACUGCCCCACCGACAACAACCACCACUGCCCCACCUACCACCACCACGGCUCCUCCGACCACCACCACUACGGUUGCUCCGACAACAACCACCACUGCCCCACCGACCACCACCACUACAGUUUCUCCAACAACAACCACCACUGCCCCACCUACCACCACCACGGCUCCUCCGACAACAACCACCACUGCCCCACCUACCACCACCACGGCUCCUCCGACAACAACAACCACUGCCCCGCCUACCACCACCACUGCCCCACCUACAGCCACCACCACGGCUACUCCGACAACAACCACCACUUCCCCACCUACCACCACACGGCUCCUCCGACAACAACCACCACUGCCCCACCUACCACCACCACGGCUCCUCCGACCACAACCACCCCUGUCCCACGACAACAACCACCACUGCCCCACCUACCACCACCACUGUCCCACCGACCACCACCACCACGGCUCCUCCGACAACAACCACCACUGCCCCACCGACCACCACCACUACUGUUCCUCCGACAACAACCACCACUGCCCCACGACAACAACCACCACUGCCCCACCUACCACCACCACGGCUCCUCCGACCACCACCACUACGGUUGAUCCGACAACAACCACCACUGCCCCACCGACACCACCACUACAGUUUCUCCAACAACUACCACCAAUACCCCACCGACAACAACCACCACUGAACCACCUACCACCACCACAGCUCCUCCGACAACAACUACCACUGCCCCACCUACCACCACCACUGUCCCACCGACAACCACCAGCACUGCUCCUCCGACAACAACCACACGGCUCCACCGACCACCACCACCACGGCUCCUCCGACAACAACGACCACUGCCCCACCUACCACCACCACGGCUCCUCCGACCACCACCACUACGGUUGCUCCGACAACAACCACCACUGCCCCACCGAACACCACCACUACAGUUUCUCCAACAACAACCACCACUGCCCCACCUACCACCACCACGGCUCCUUCGACAACAACCACCACUGCCCCACCUACCACCACCACGGCUCCUCCGACAACAACGACCACUGCCCCACCUACCACCACCACUGCCCCAACGACCACCACCACUACGGUUGCUCCGACAACAACCACCACUGCCCCACCGACCACCACCACUACAGUUUCUCCAACAACAACCAAAACUGCCCCACCUACCACCAGCACUGCUCCUCCGACAACAACCACCACGGCUCCACCGACCACCACCACCACGGCUCCUCCGACAACAACGACCACUGCCCCACCUACCACCACCACGGCUCCUCCGACCACCACCACUACGGUUGCUCCGACAACAACCACCACUGCCCCACCGAACACCACCACUACAGUUUCUCCAACAACAACCACCACUGCCCACCUACCACCACCACGGCUCCUUCGACAACAACCACCACUGCCCCACCUACCACCACCACGGCUCCUCCGACAACAACGACCACUGCCCCACCUACCACCACCACUGCCCCACCGACCACCACCACUACGCCCUGUCCCACCGACGACAACCACCACUGCCCCACCUACCACCACCACAGCUCCUCCGACAACAACCACCACUGCCCCACCUACCACCACCACUGUCCACCGACGACAACCACCACUGCCCCACCUACCACCACCACAGCUCCUCCGACAACAACCACCACUGCCCCACCUACCACCACCACUGUCCCACCUACCACCAACACCACGGCUCCUCCGACAACAACCACUACUGCCCACCGACCACCACCACUACAGUUCCUCCGACAACAACCACCACUGCCCCACCGACAACAACCACCACUGCCCCACCUACCACCACCACGGCUCCUCCGACCACCACCAAUACGGUUGCUCCGACAACAACCACCACUGCCCACCUACCACCACCACCACGGCUUCUCCGACAACAACCACCACUGCCCCACCGACCACCACCACCACGGCUCCUACGUCAACAAUCACCACUGCCCCACCGACCACCACCACCACUGCUCCUCCGACCACAACCACACGGCCCCUCCGACAACAACAACCAUGGCCCUCCGACAACAACCACCACUUCCCCACCAACCACCACCACUACAGUUCCUCCGACAACAACUACCACUGCCCCACCUACCACCACCACUACCCACGACCACCACCACUACAGUUCCUCCGACAACAACCACCACUGCCCCACUGACAACAACCACCACUGCCCCACCUACCACCACCACGGCUCCUCCGACCACAACCACCCCUGUCCCACCGACAACAACCACCACUGAACCACCUACCACCACCACCACGGCUCGUCCGACAACAACCACCACUGCCCCACCUACCACCACCACUAGUUCCUCCGACAACAACCACCACUGCCCACCGACAACAACCACCACUGCCCCACCUACCACCACCUCGGCUCCUCUGACAACAACCACCACUGCCCCACCUACCACCACCACAGCUCCUCCGACAACAACCACCACUGCCCCACCGACCACAACCACCACGGCUCUCCGACAACAACCACCACUGUCCCACCUACCACUACCACCACGGCUCUCCGACAACAAAGACCACUGCCCCACCGACCACCAACACUACGGUUGCUCCGACAACAACCACCACUGCCCCACCGACCACCACCACCACGGCUCCUCCGACCCCAACCACCACGGCUCCUCCGACAACAACCACCACUGCCCCACUAACCACCACCCCUACAGUUCCUCCGACAACAACCACCACGGCCCCACCUACCACCACCACUACAGUUCCUCCGAGUACAACCACCACUGCCCACCGACCACCACCACUACAGUUCUCCGACAACAACCACCACUGCGCCACCGACCACCACCACCAGGGCUCCUCCGACAACAACCACCACUGCCCCACCGACCACCACCACCACGGUUCCUCCGACAACAACCACCACUGCCCCACCUACCACCACCACGGCUCCUCCGACAACAACCACCACUGCCCCACCUACCACCACCACGGCUCCUCCAACCACAACCACCCUGUCCACCGACAACAACCACCACUGCCCCACCGACCACCACCACUACGGUUCCUCCGACAACAACCACCACUUCCCACCGACCACCACCACUACAGUUCCUCCGACAACAACCACCACUGCCCCACCUACCACCACAACGGCUCUUCGACAACCACAACCACUGCUCCUCCGACAACAACCACCACUGCCCCACCUACCACAACCACCCCUGUCCCACCGACAACAACCACCACUGCCCACCGACCACCACCACUACAGUUCCUCCGACAAUAACCACCACUUCCCCACCUACCACCACCACGGCUCUUCCGACAACCACAACCACUGCUCCUCCGACAACAACCACCACUGCUCCUCCGACAACAACCACCACUGCCCCACCGACCUCCACCACCACGGCUCCUCCGACAACAACCACCACUGCCCCACCGACAACAACCACCACUUCUCGACCGACUUCCACCACGGCUGCUCUGACAACAACCACCACUACCCCACCAACCACCACCACUACAGUUCCUCCGACAACAACCACCACUGUCCCACCUACCACCACCACCACGUCCCCUUCGACAACAACCACCACUGCUCCACCGACCACCACGGCUCCUCCGACAACAACCACCACUGUCCCACCUACCACCACCACCACGGCUCCUCCGACAACAACCACCACUGCCCCACCAACCACCACCCCUACAGUUCCUCCGACAACAACCACCACCACUACUGUCCCACCAACUAUCACACCAACAGCAUCUCCGACAACAACAACCUCUAGAUAUGUUGUUUUCAGAUCCCUUCAAAGCAAUUUUAUUGCGGACUUGUUGAAUUCAUCAUCUGAAGCUUUUAAAGCGCGAUCUGCAUCUAUUAAGACACAGAUUGAACCUGCUUACAAAAACUCAUUCCCUUCUUCCUUUGUCUCCUUGGCCGUUGUGAGCUUCAGGCAGGGAUCAGUCAUCAACACCAUAGAACUUCAAUUUGUAAACUCAUCUGUCCCAAAUGACACUGAGAUUAAAAGUGUUUUGAUCAGUCAAGCCUCAAACGUGACAGGCUUUGACAUCGAAAGGGCCUCCAUCACUGUCAGUGACACAUUGAUCCCAACAACUACCACAGUUACCCCAACAACAAACACAUCAACAACAUCAACGACCACAGCAACUCCAACAAUUACAACAUCUGCUGCAACAACUACUACAUCUACUCCAACAACAACCACAGCAGCUCCAACCACUACCACAACUACAAAAGCUCCGCCUGCACCUGUCCAAGUUUUUCUGUUUCUACAGUUCCUUGAACCAUAUGUACCUGAUCUCACAGACCCCACCAGCAGUGUAUUUCAAGAUCGCAAAAGACGAGUUGAAGAGACGUGUAAUAGAAUCUACAAACCAAUAUUUCCUUUCUUCAUCCGUGCCAUUGUGAUUCGGUUCAGUCUUGUUAGAGUUCAAACACGAGAGGAUAGAACUGAGGCAGAAGUGGAGCUUGUGUUCAAUCAAACAGCGCCCAAUGCACAAGUCCCAAAUAAUACUACUGUUGUUCAGACUUUGAAAGAGGCAAUUAACAGUUCCAGCAGCAAUUUCAGCAUCACCAUAGUUCCUGACACAAUAUCAGUAACGUCUGUUCCCGUCAAUGCCACGACUGCUGCACCAACUACUGCCAAUUCCACUACUGCUGCACCUACAGUUUCCACAACUACAAUUGCUGUAUCUACAACUACAGCUUCAAGUGGAGAAUGCCACAAGAUUAAUCCCAGCACUGUUUUCCCCCUGGUGCUCUUGUUAUGGCUUCUGUCAAACCAGCAAUAGCAUCUGUGCUGGUUUCCAUGUUAAUGGCCAGCAGAACAUAAAUUCUUUCACUGAAAUGAAAAAACAACAAGAAGAAAAUAAUUAGAAAUCCAAGCCAUGUGAUUGUGUUAAGGGUUGUUUGGCUUCAGAUGAACUUAUGAUCAAAUGCAACACAUUGGAAAUAGUCUGUUUGGUAUUUUUGUCAAUAUGAAAUGACUCCGGAAUAAACAGAAUGACACAGACUUUAAGCACCCAGUUAGUUUAAUCAUCAACAAAAAAUUUGACCUAACAAUGCAUGAAAUUAAAUAUAUCCUGUGGGUGGCCCUGUAGUGUAGAGGCAUAGUACUUUACGCAGUUGAGCUCAUUCAAUUUUAAAAAUUCAAUUUUAUUUAUAUUGCCAAGCUACAACAAUAGUCACCUCAAGGUGCUUUAUGUUGUAAUGUUAAGGUACUUUUAUUGUAAGCACCAUACAAUAAUACAGAGGAGAAAACACUGGCCUGUUUAAGUGGCCUGAUUUUAUGUCCAGGUCACUUGCUUGUAAGUGUGUCUCUGCCUUCAUGUCUACUUACUGUUUCUAUUUCUCACUGGAGAAAAAAAGGCCCAAAAGACAGACAAGUUUUUAAAUUUUUAAGAAUAUUAUUCACAACUCAUUAAUUAUUUUUAAAUGCUUGUAAACCUGGGUUUGACUUCAUAUAUAUAUAUAUAUAUAUAUACACACUAUAUAUCACAAAUUAUAUGUAAUAGUGUAAACAGUAGAUCUACAGGUGUCCCAAAAAAGCACAGUCACUUUUCUAAUUUAUACAAAGUGUAUUUUUAUAAUUUUCUAUUUCUGUAUUCUGUGAGAAUUCUUUCUUUGUACAUUUUCUGUAAGAAAAGUCAUAAUGACCAGAAUACAAAAUUUAUGAGACAUUUAAAUUUUCUUCUGUGAUGUUUAAUGGUUUGUGGGUAAAGAGAAAGUUGAACUUUGAGGUCAGGAGCUUUAAUAAAAAAGCAAGGUUUGCAAA